AUGAGAUCUUUUUCAAAUACGGAUAUUUUCAGCUCACCAGAUCUGUAUUACGUUUGUGCGAAGCAGAAGCCGAAGCAAAAUUCGCUAGGUGAAGAAAUCGAGGAAGAUUUUCUCGUGCUGGAUGAUUUGCGCUCCACAAUCUCGACUGAGAUACCACCGCGGCGUUACUACUUGCCGAUGGGUAUACAGAUAGCAAUAAUUUGUUUUCUUUUUGUGCUCUCUGGUCUCUUCUCUGGCCUCAAUCUUGGCCUAAUGGCACUAACACCGCAGGAGCUCAUGCUCAUCCAAAAAUCUGGUUCAAAAAAAGAGCGCGCCUACGCCGAAGUAAUAUUGCCUGUUCGACGUUCCGGCAAUCUCCUCCUCUGUGCCUUGCUCAUAGGAAAUGUUUGUGUGAAUUCGGCAAUUUCCAUACUGUUCGAUGAUCUUACAAGCGGCUACGUUGCCCUCAUAACCUCCUCAGCUGGAAUUGUUAUUUUUGGCGAAAUUUUUCCACAAAGUCUUUGUGUCAAGUAAGU